ACCACUGCACGAAACGUCAAAUCGGAGCGAAGAAAGUGCUACUUUUGGAAUCGUAUACGAUAAGAUUGAAAGAGAAAUUUUCCUGGUAUCCUUUAGAAUUUAGUGCAACUAGUAAGAUAAUAAUGUGGCCGUUGGCAUAAGAAAACGCUAUUUUAGUUUAUCGCAAAUUUACGCCUGUGUGAAAGGCGUUCGAUUUCGAUCACAAUGACUAGCAUGGAACACGAAGCAAUAAAGCAGCAGCUUGCGGGAUCAACUCCACAGGAUCUGGAGCUCGAGGAAGGCGAGGUGACAGAUGAAAGCGACGAGGGUUACACUCCUUUGGCCCGGCCAACGGAGCUAGCCAAAACAGAAUUCGCCGGCGGAGCAAGUGUAAGCCAACCGCGAACAGCAAUGGAAAUACUUUCGGACCAAGAUGACUUGAACGACGAAUCGGAGGCUAGCUCGGAUGAUAGCGACGAGGACGGUGCUAGCUUUGGCAAACGGAUGCGCAGUAACAACGACAAAAAAAUCCGGAUUAGGCCACCACCGUUGGAGAAGCUUCCUCACCCACAAACAAGCCAUUCAUUGCCGAACAAAUACAACAUCUGGACGGAGAGUUUGCAGGAAGAUACGUUGAUGGAGAACAUGCGGGGAUGCGAUGUAACCUUGAACGGAAUGAGAAACCGAGACGUGGAGUCCUACGACUACAGUUUGAAAUAUCGAAUGAACGGUGGCAAUGCGUUUCAAAGGGCGCUAAAAAGGCGCCAGUCCAAUUCAGACGAUUCGGACGGUUUCGGGGGCAGCGGUGGCAAACGGUUUCGAUCCACCUCGUUCGGAAGUGCCUGCAUCCGAGAGCGGAAAAGCGUCAAACUGCGGCUAGGGGCACGAAACAGCAGCGACAGCAAUAGUAAUGAUAGCUUCCAAAAUGCGCCCAGAUUUGCUUCCAGGCACAUUCUAGAUCUGAACGUGGCGGAGGAUUGUGACUGUCAGAUGUUUGCCUCCGAGCUGGCUAAUAAGUUGUGCGAAGAGAAGGAUGAUCUGAUGUUACGAGUAGUUAGUGUACUAGGUAAAGAAAUACCGGCCAAAUUGUUCAAGGAAACGCAAAAGAUCGAAGCCGAUGGGGGAAUGCUUAUAAUGAAUGGUGCCCGCCGAAGAACACCUGGUGGAGUGUUUCUGUUUCUUCUUAAACACAACGAAGAAAUCGACAAGGAGGACAAAAAGGCCAUUUUCAUGGUGGAGAAAAAGGCCGCCAUCAAGGAGCGCAAAAAUUCGCAAGCCGUAAACCGCGAGAAGAAGGUCGAAGAACUGAAGAAAACGCUGAACCGACAAGCAGCGGAUAAUGAACUACCGACUCGAAGCGAUCUGAUGAAUCUGUCGCAUCUAAAGCCAGAAACUCACAGCACUCUCUCGAAUCCCCCACCAUCACCGGUGGGUGACGAAAACCGAGAAGGAAGUCCUGAUUAUCAUCCCCAAAAUGUGCACGUUAACGUAACCAGUCCUGAGAAGGGGUUAAGUGAUGCCAAGGAGAUGGACCCAGUAGCGGAGAGCACCGGCCUUCCAAGAUCGCCGCAGCUACAAAGUUAUGAUGAAGACUAUCUUGAUAUGACGUGUGACGACAUGGAUAUGUUCUAGCGCCGCUCGGUAACCAGAUCCUGAUCCUGAUACCCUCGAUACUGUAGGACGGUACUGAUUUCAUGUUUGGCUACAGACCAAUAAAAAAACUCCUAAGUUGACCUACUGACAGGAACGAAGAAUGAACGAAACUUGAGCUACCGGUAUAGACCAGCGACGUUGCCUAUACCAACCUUGCCUCGAUUGCAGCGGUUUGGCUGCCCAAUGCCCCCCC